AUGUCUGGACUUACGUGGCAGCAAUCGAACUGGGCCGAGUAUAUCAGCGCUGGUCUUCUGGCCGGAAGUCAUCGUGAUAGGAGGAGGCACCUAACAGUACAAGACUCCGCUGACGAGCAUCCACAUGUGGAGCAGUCAAUCGGAACCGCUUUACAAGCAGGGGCGCUGCUGGCAUUGGGACUUGCUCUCGCCAUGCCGACGGUGGCGAGGGCGGCGAAGAAGAUGAUGGAGAUCUGUAUUUUCCACCUCUGCGGCAUCACCUCCGCGGCGUACGGCCCGACCGGCGGACAUCCUGAUGGCGCCGGCGUCGACGCGCUCCGAAACUUCUGGACUGCCAUCGGGGCGUUCCUGCUCCUGCUGUCGAUGGGGAACUGCGAGAUCUUACAGCGCCCCUUCACGACUGGCCUGGCGAGCUACAUGGGAGACAUCUCCUUUGGCUUUUAUAUCAUUCACUGGACGGUGUUGUUUACCCUCGGCUCGUUUCUCAUUUCGUUUUUUAGGGCCUGGUUGCCGUAUGGCUCUCCGACGUACAAUGCGGGAUACUUUGUCGGCGGGCUUGUCUCUACCAUUUUCGCACUCUGGGCUGGGGACGUGUAUUGGAGGGCGUUUGAUAAGACCUCGGUAAAGUUUGCGCGACGGCUGAACGGAUUAGGUGUCAAAUAG